AUGGGACACUGGCUCUCUUUCUACCGAGUACACAACUUGAUCAUCAAUGGCACGGGCACGAUCAAUGGCAUGGGAUCCGCCUGGUGGGAUUGCAAACGCCGACAAGACAAGACUGGUAGCUGGGCAUCAUCGGCUCUUGAAAUUAUGCAAUGCGAACAUGUUUCAGUGAGUGGUAUAACCACCCUCAACAGCCAAGGUGUUCAUGUGAAGAUUGGGUUCAGCCAGGAUGUUACCGUCUCCAACAUCAAGAUCAUAGCACCAAAGGACAGCCCAAAUACAGAUGGUAUCAAUAUGGGUGGCUCUCAGUAUGUACGGGAUGACUGCAUUGCCAUGUUGGCUGGUUCAAGUCACAUUAAUAUAUCCCGUAUUUCCUGCGGACCAGGUCACGGCAUCAGCAUUGGAAGCCUAGGCAGAUACAGCAAAAUGGACAAAGUGGAUCAUAUUCGCGUCACAGAUGUUAAUUUCUUUGACACUAUGAAUGGUGCUCGGAUCAAAACAUGGCAGGGUGUGAGCUUCAUUGGGGCAGUCGGGACGACGACGAGUGAUGUGGCGAUCAACUUGAAGUGCAGUAGCAGCGUCCCCGGCACCGAAAUUCUGCUGAGGGACGUGAACUUGACAGCUGCAGUUCCCCACGAGAAGACAAGUGCCUACUGCUCCAACACUCGAGGGCAGUCCAGCAGCAUCGUUUUCCCCCGUGUCCCUUGUCUCUAG